AUGCAGGCCCGUCUGGACCACCACCUGGCGACCAGCCGCGAGCGCUACAUCCGCGUGUACCGGGCGCGCAUGAACCGUCUUCUGGAGACGGGGCUGUUCCACCCAAGCGACAUGCAGUCGAUCCGCGCUUACCUCUAUACAUUGGAGACCGGCGAAGACGACACGCCGAUAUCGCAUGCGCCCGUGGCCAUGCGCCGCGAUGUGGAGGAUGCGCUGAUUCAUUUCAAGACCAAGUUUGCCAUGCCUACGGAGAUGGUCGAGAGCAGCGAGUUCCGGGCAUUCUGCCGGGCCAUGUUCCAGGCGCAGCGCGAUGGCAGCCUGACCACGCCAUUCUACACUACCCCCGAUGCAUACAUGAGUAGGGUUGGUUUGACGCUCUACCAGAGGCUGGCGAACGCUGAGCGCUACUCCGUAUUGCUGGGCGCGAGCUCCUCGGGCCGGUAUAUUGGCAUAUCUGUGUCGGUCCAGCAGCAAAGGCAUUUUCUAGGCUGGGCUGAGAACAGCGACAUCACCAGUGUUGCUGCGCAGCGACUCGAGCACGGCAUCCAUGGAGUUGGUGCGGAGACCAAGCCGGUUUUAUUCUCAAUCAUCAGCGCUGGCCCGCCGUGGCUGUCGGAGAUCAGACAGGCGGCAGCCCGUGCAUUCCUCGCCUCGCAUUUCAUCGACUCCCUGGCAUCAAUGCUUUUGGAUCCCGCCGGGCAGUUCGCCAUGCACGUCACGUCGCUGAUUGAGGUGGCAAAGGCGGUGAUCCACAGCCAUGACGCGCACAAGCGCUGGAUCUCCCGCAAGCACCAGCCGAUCACCCUGCCCGACCCGUCCAUCGCCACGUCGCACCUGCAUAUGUUCCAGCAGAUGGUGUCUGUGGACUACGAGUUCCUGUUGCAGCUAAAGACCAUUGUCAGUCCCGAGUCCGCUGCGUACUUUGACAACCUUUUGGACCGCAAUAUGGCGCCGAUGUUUUUGGCACUGGUACAGAUUUUCGCCGUAUUGGAUCGUGCAGGCUCCAUUGCCAGUGAACGGAACCUGUCCAUGUCGGAUCUGGCAGUGCUGUUUGCGAGAAUGGAAAAGUCCUUGGAGGUCUUGGCGAAGGGCACGCACCCGAGCAGCACCGAUGACAUGCAGAUGCUGGCCAAACAUGUCCUGGCAGAGUUCCGGACCCAGCUCGAGUCCGAGUACUCGGAUGUCAUGCUUUCCAUGGUCCUGGCGCACUCGUUGUCGUUUUACCCUUCGGAUUUCAGCAUCCUGGAGCACAGGCCGAACGCUCUGGCCAAAGGCGACUCGGUCGGAGCACGAAUUCAGCAUGCCCGAGCUGUAUGUCCGGCAUGCAGGCAUUCUGCAACAGCCUGGGAUGUUGCCCGCACAAGGCAUGCGGACGACCUGCCGUCCUACUUUGCCAUGUCGAAAAUGUUGUCGCUGGCUGGCAUGGCGCCCAACCGGGACAUGGAGCCGUUUGCCACUCUGUCGGCUGCACUGUGCGAAUGCCCCGUUUCGGCCACCACCAUUGAUGUUGUCAACGAGGAUGCGGUGCUGAUGGAGAUUGCGCAUUGCCACUCGAUGCUGGUGUCUGCCAUUGACUACAAUGAUGCAGCGGCUCCUGUCGACCAGGCUGAACCCGCGGUCAGCUUUGGCAGCUCAGCCGACGUCAUUGCGACAUGGCAGGAGCCUGCUGACACUACGGUGUCUGCGCACUCGGUUCUGCUGUGCUAUUUCGAUGCUGCCCAGCUCGCCCCACUGGUCCAAUUCUGAGAUCCGCGUUGAUCGAUCAGCUGCUCAGCAAAUCAGCAGCCCUCGCUCAGCCCAGC